ACUGCAGAUCUACCUUCUGGCCCACCCCUGACGUGCAGAAGACCUUCCUUGGGUGUCGCAUGACUCACCACUGCCCAUUAAGGCGGUGCCUCAGUGGAAGGAGUGAGGCAGGAGGAGCUUCUCUUUCAGUGGCCGGGAGAGAGGGCAUUGCAGAGGCAAGCAUGGCUCUGUUCCCUUCUGCCUUCUUCUGCCUGCUUCUCCUCUUGGGGGCUGGCUCCGGGCAUCCCACCUGUCAGUUCUUGGACAACUUGAUGUUCACCUGCCAGGAUAGCAAGGUGACCCAAGUGCCGCAGGACAUCCCCAGGAACACCACGGAACUGGUAUUUUUCCUCACCAAAAUAAGAAUCAUACCGAAAGGAGCUUUCUUGGGACUCAAUGAAGUUGAAAAAAUAGAAAUCUCUCAGAACGAUGCCUUGGGAACUAUAGAAUCGAACGUGUUCGCCAACCUUCCAAAACUCUAUGAAAUAAGAAUCGAGAAAGCAAACCAUCUGGUGUAUAUUGAUAGAUAUGCCUUCCAAAAUCUUCCCAGUCUCAGAUAUUUGUUGCUAUCAAACACUGCAAUCAUGUAUUUACCCGUUGUUAACCAGAUACAUUCUUCCGUGAAGUUUGUGCUCGACGUCCAAGACAACAUAAACAUACACAAGAUUGAAAGAAAUUCUUUCCUGGGGCUCAGUUCUGAACGUGUUGAUAUAAGGCUAAAUAAAAAUGGACUCACCGAAAUUGAAGACCAUGCCUUCAAUGGGACCAUCUUGUCUGAUCUAAAUCUGAGUGGUAAUGACAAGCUGGAAAAAUUACCUAAUGAAGUUUUCCUAGGAGCCAAUGGACCAGCCGUUUUGGAUAUUUCAGAGACCAAGAUCAGCCAGCUGCCCAGCAUUGGACUGGAGAAAAUUAACAAGCUGAUAGCAAGAUCUGCGUACAACUUAAAGAAACUACCUCCUUUGGACAAGUUCCGCUCCUUGAUUGAGGCAAACCUGACCUAUCCAAGCCACUGCUGUGCAUUUGCAAACUGGACGAAACAAAAUUCUUUUUUCCACCCCAUAUGCAAUAAGUUAUCUCUUCUGCUAGAUAUUGACGGGACAGAUUUUGACCUGGACGACGAGCACGAUUACUACCAAAGCCUGUGCAAGGAAGAGGUUGAAGUCAUUUGCUUCCCUGAGCCGGAUGCCUUCAACCCCUGUGAAGACAUCAUGGGCUACAACGUCCUCCGGGUUCUCAUAUGGUUCAUCAGCAUCCUCGCCGUCAUGGGGAACCUGGUUGUGUUCCUGAUCAUAGUCAACAGCCAGUCCAAGCUCACUGUCCCUCGGUUCCUCAUGUGCAACCUUGCGUUUGCAGACCUCUGCACCGGCAUCUAUCUGUUGCUGAUCGCCAUCAAAGACAUACAGACCAAAAGCCAGUAUUACAACUAUGCCAUCGACUGGCAAACGGGUGCGGGUUGCAAGGCAGCCGGCUUCUUCACCGUCUUUGCCAGCGAACUUUCCGUCUACACCCUGACCUUCAUUACAUUGGAGCGGUGGCACACCAUAACCUAUGCCAUGGAGCUGGAACGCAAAGUCCGCUUCAGACACGCUGUGGCCUUCAUGCUUGUCGGAUGGGCUUUUGCCUUCACUGUGGCCAUCCUCCCCAUUUUCCAAGUCAGCAGCUACAUGAAAGUUAGCAUCUGCCUACCCAUGGAUAUAGAAACUCGCCUUGCCCAGGCAUAUAUCAUGUUUCUGCUGGUACUGAACAUCCUGGCCUUUCUCAUCAUCUGCACUUGCUACAUCAGCAUCUACAUCACCGUGAGGAACCCCAACAUCAUCUCAUCCAACAGCGACACCAAAAUUGCCAAGCGCAUGGCGGUCCUGAUCUUCACGGACUUCCUCUGCAUGGCGCCCAUCUCCUUUUUCGCCAUAUCGGCAUCGCUCAAGUACCCUCUCAUCACCGUCUCCAACUCAAAGAUCCUCCUGGUUUUGUUCUACCCCAUCAACUCGUGCGCCAACCCGUUCCUGUACGCCAUCUUCACCAAGAAUUUCCGCAAGGAUUUUUUCAUUUUGCUGAGCAAAUUUGGCCUUUGCGAAAAGCAAGCUCAGAUUUACCGAACAGAAACCUCCUCCACCGUUCCUACCUCUCAUAUGAAAAACGGGCACUGUACACCUGCUCCCAAAGCCAGCGAGGGACCUGCCUAUGCGUUAGUCCCCCUGAAUCAUGUGAACUCAGAACACACGGGGGUAGGACCCGAAUCAACGGCUCCGAGUUCCAAGAAGGGAGAUUCUGACUAAACAUACGAAAAAGCUUUCUAGGUUGUGGAGUCUCCUUCCUUGGAAGUUUUUAAGCAGAGGCUGGAUGACCAUCUGUCAUGAAUGCUUUAGCUGUGAUUCCUGGCGUUGCAGGAGGUUGGACUAGAUGACCCUUAGGGUCCCUUCCAACUCUGCGGUUCUAUGAUUCUAUGAUCCAUGGAGUUAUGCCAAGAAUUAUCAAAGAGGGACCCAUGCUUUCCGGGAGAGACAGAGAAUUACAAAAGAAGACAAAAGCUUCUGUUCUUACCAUUUACAUUCCAAAAUGUACCAAACCUCAGUGUUCUUAGGAUUAAGUAUGCCUACCUGUGAGUUGUGUUGCGACUUGAUUUUGCCAGGUAUUCAAACUGAUUCUGCAAAACAAAAACUUGAUUUUCAAACUUCUGGGGAGGUUUUAUUUUCCCCCUUUGCUGUGUGAACCCACAAACCAAAAGCUUCCUUAGCGCUCAUCUAGACUUCCUUUUGCAUUGCAUUUCUAGGCCCAGGUCUGGGCUUUAAAGCUCCAUGUCUGAGCAGAUUUUGUAGCUGUCUGUUUGUCCUGGGACUUUACCCAGGAAAACCCACACUUUACCACUGAAUCGGAGAAAAAGGCAAUUGGGUUUUCCGCGAAUUGUCGUUUGCUCUGAUUCAGUAGUAAAACGGGGGGGGGGGGGUCCGAGCAGAGGCAGAUUUAGGGCAGCACAACCAGUUCUCCCACACCAGGUGCUAAGCUAAGGGUGGGGCCAUAAGGCGUUGCAGCUAUCACAUAAUGAAUUUAGCAGCAUGGAAGGCAAGAGCCGGGGACUGCCGAAUUUUGGCCUUGAACAGGGCACCGCCUGACCUGUGCCUGGAAAGUGCAGUGCAAAAGGAAGUCUGGGUGAGCCCCAAAUGAAUGUUUUGAGAUGCUUUGUAUCAAAUCUGACCCUCCAGAUGUUGUGGGAGUCCAACUCUCACCAGCCUGAGCCCAUGUGGUUAAUGGUCAAGGACCAUGAGAGCUGCCAUCGAACAACAUCUCGCCAUAGCUUGCCCACCCCUUAUCUACUGAAUUGGUAGACGCUCUCCAAACUCUCAUGCAACGGUCUUUCCAAGUGGUUCUGCUACCUAUGAACCAAAUAUGUUGAAAGUUGAACCUGAGACCUUCUGCAUGCAAAAUGUGUGCUCCAUCGCUGAUUUAGCCCUGUCUACAUGUUUGCCUCGGUAAUAAAAGGGAAGCACUGUGGGUCUCAUGAGAAGCUCUCUAGGUGAUACACUGGCUCCCUACACUAUGGGGACUGCAGGCCCUUGAUUCACCCUCUUUUUUCAUAUCCUGGUUCCCAGAACCUAAACCAAAGGUAAGAGUGAGCAUUAACUCUCCAAAUCAGUGUAAUUUCUUGGUAAUAUUCAAGGAGGCUCAGAGUCACACUUCAAUAGAUACAGCCUGGAAGAUCAGCAUCUUCAUUUUUAAAAGUUGAAAGCUGCCAGCAGGGCAAGGAAUGGAUUAUCUAUAUUGCAUGGGGAGGGGGGGUUAACCCUUUCUUCUUAUGCUGUUUCCCUGAUUUAAACGUCCCCUCAUGCUUCCGCUUGCCCACAAGGAAAAAAAUCAGGUGAGCUAUAGUACAUGUAUUUUCUCUUGACCAGAACAAACAGCAGCAUGUGGCAAGAAAGGGGGAAGCUUAGAGUAUUAUUUUUUUAAAAAAUGGUGUUGGGUAAAGGGUUAACUCCCCACAUAAUACUAUGAAGUUGAUGUGACUCACAGCUUCUUUUAAGUUAAAAAAACCCUAAUGGAAUAGUUCACAGAUCUCUCAUGUCUUAUGUACCGGUGCUUUCAGUUGUUCUCAUUUCAGUCUGGCUUCAGGCCUAGUCAUGGCACUGAAACUGCCUUGGUCCCCCUUUUUGAUGGCAUUUAUCGGGAGAGAGAUGGGGGAAUUGUGACCCUGAUUGUUCUUGAUCUUCUGGUGGCUCUCGUUACCAUUAACCGCAGUAUCCUUCUGAGGUAUUCUCAGGCAGGUGGGGGGCACAGUGCUUCAGCGGUCCCUCUCCUAUGUCCAUCACCAUUUCCAAAAGUAGUCAUGGGAGGAUACUGUUCAGCACCAUGAGAGUUGUCCUGGCUCCAUCUUGUCAACCCAUGUUAUUUAAAAUCUGUCUGAGGCCUAUGGCCACUGUCAUCAGGAGAUUUGGUGUGAAGUGUCAUCCAUAUGCAGGUGAUAGCUCUAGCUCUGUUUCAUCUGAAUUAGGAGAGGCAGUGAUGGAUUGGAUGUGGGUAGAGAAAUUGAAGCUGAAUCCUGAAAAGACAGAGGUGUUGCGUGUCCUGGGUUCUCACAUCCAUGAGGUGGGGAAGCAGCCUGCCCUGGACGGGGUUGCACUCCCCUAGAAGAAGCAAGUUUGUAGCUUGGGGGUGCUCCUGGGAUGGAUCUGCACACAGGGGGGCGGGAAACGCUAUAAGUCAGAAAUUAAAUUGUUAU